AUGUAUACUCAGUACUGUGAUUGUGGAAAAUUUAUUAAUCCUGUUGAACCUAUGGAAGAAAAAGUAGAUGAUGAUGUAAUACUGGUGGAGUCUAGUAAAAAGGCUAAAAAAAGAUCACUGCCACCUCAAACCGCCUAUUAUGUGACUCGUGGUGUUGAAUUGUUAGAUCUUAAUGCAUCACGACAGAAUGUUUGUAAAUUAUUUAAGUUGAUAUAUCCAACCAAAAAAGGUGGUAAAUUUGAAUUAAAAGAAGUAAGAGAAUACCAACAUAAAAAACCAUUAAUAUUUGAUGAUGUUCCGCUGUAA